AUGCUCAGUUCCCCGGUAUACGUUCUGCUGUUCCUGCUCACGGGAUUCAGUUCGGCCCGCCGCAACUGUUCCCCGAGCUCGCCAUCGCCCAGCCCCUCGUCGCCCUCCGAGCCAGCGGCGGCUGCUACUGUCAAUCUCGACUCGCACAUUCUUGUCGACCAGUUCGGUUACCGCCCUGCAGAUCCAAAGGUCGCUGUCGUGCGUAAUCCGCAGAACGGUUACGAUGCCGCAGACACGUUCACACCAGGCUCUACCUAUCAGGUACGCCAGGCCAGCGACGGAACGGUCGCAUAUUCUGGCUCGCCCACGGCCUGGAACAACGGAACCGUACAGACCUCCUCGGGGGACAACGGCUGGUGGUUCGAUUUCUCGACACUAAGCACACCCGGGACCUACUUCGUCUACGACGUCUCGGGCCAGGUCCGCUCGCCCGUGUUUACCAUCCGCCAGGGGGUCUACAAAGAUGUCCUCAAGGCCGCAGUACGCAUGUAUUUCUACCAGCGCGCGGGCACGGGCAGCGGUGGAGGAUCGAAGCAGCCACCUUACGUCGAUGAGUGCUGGGCCGACGACCCUACAUACGUCGGUCCCGGCCAGGACACGGAGGCUCACGAUGUCACAGACCGGAACAACUCGGCCAAAGUGCACGACCUGAGCGGUGGCUGGUUCGAUGCGGGCGAUACGAACAAAUAUGUCACCUUCGCGACCGCCGCGGUGCACCAGCUGCUGAGUGCCUACCAGGAGAACCCGGCCGUGUUCACCGACGACUUCAACAUUCCCGAGUCCGGAAACGGCAUACCCGAUGUGAUCGAUGAGGUGAAGUACGAGACGGACUGGCUGAAGAGGAUGCAGUUCAGCUCCGACGGCAGUGUGGCCCUGAAGGUGGGCGUGCUCGGCAAUCCCUCGGGUCUGCCGAGCUCCGACACCAGCGCUCGCUUCUAUGUGCCAAGCUGCACGUCUUCAACGAUUGCCGCAGCGGGGAUGUUUGCCCACGCUUCCUACGUGUAUGCCGAGUUCCCGGAGCUGGCCUCGGAAGCCGCCGACCUCAAGAGCCGUGCGAUCAGGGCCUGGGACAACUACCAAAGCAUCCCGACCAAGCAGGAGAACUGCGACACCGGGGUCGUGAGGGCGGGGGACGCGGAUUGGGAUGCUCCCACGCAGCAGGCCGAGGCGGUUGUCGCGGCGGUCUGGCUCUAUGCCGUGACAGGCAAUGCGACGUACAGCACGUAUGUGAAGGACAACUACAAGAUCACGAGGCCUUACAACGACAUCGGCUGGACGCGUUACUCGGCGGAGCAGGGCAAGGCACUAUUGUUCUACACGACGCUACCCAACGCGGAUGCGACGCUCAAGAGCACCAUUGCGGCGGACAAGCUGGGUGACGUGCAGGGUGGCUAUCAGAUAUACGGCCUGACGGCGACGGAUGAUCUGUAUCGCAAUUUCAUGCACGACCCGCAGUACCACUGGGGCAGCCAUCAGGUGCGCGCCAACUACGGCAACAGCAACGCGGACGUGCUGAGGUAUGACAUUGCAGUGUCGAACACCGCACCGUACACGACACGUGCUCUCGAAACGCUGCACUAUUUCCACGGCGUCAAUCCGUUCGGGAUGGUCUACCUCUCCAACAUGGGCUCGUACGGUGCGACCUCCUCGCUCAACGAGAUCUAUCACUCCUGGUACUGGCCGGGGACGAAAUGGGCGGAUGCAAAGACUUCGGAGUGCGGCCCUGCGCCCGGCUACAUUCCAGGCGGCCCUAACGCCGCCACUGACGGCAUUCCCAGCUCACUGACGCCCCCGGUCAACCAGCCGUUGCAGAAGUCCUAUCGGGACUGGAACGGGGUUGUAGGGGAUCCCCAGACGUCGUGGGAGAUCAGCGAGCCUGCUAUCUACUAUCAGGCCGCCUACGUGGAACUACUCUCCCAAUUUGCGAACUGACC